CCAUCUUUGUGCGGGGCUGCGCUUCCGCCCGCUCGCGCUGCAGCCGCGACUCGGCGGUGGGUGGGCUGGCGAUGGAGCGGUGGGUUCGCUCCCAGCUUCGGUUGUGGCUGCUGUUGCUACUCCUGCCCCCGGUGCCGGGCCGCCAGAAGGAGUCAGGUUCAAAAUGGAAAGUAUUUAUUGACCAAAUUAACAGGGCUUUGGAGAUUUAUGAACCAUGUUCAAGUCAAAACUGCAGCUGCUACCAUGGUGUCAUAGAAGAGGAUCUGACCCCUUUCCGAGGAGGUAUCUCCAGGAAGAUGAUGGCGGAGGUAGUCAGACGGAAGCUAGGGACCCAUUAUCAGAUCAUUAAGAACAGGUUAUACCGAGAAAAUGACUGCAUGUUCCCCUCAAGGUGUAGUGGUGUUGAACACUUUAUUUUGGAAGUUAUUGGGCGCCUCCCUGACAUGGAGAUGGUGAUCAAUGUACGAGAUUAUCCUCAGGUUCCUAAAUGGAUGGAGCCUGCCAUUCCAGUCUUCUCCUUCAGUAAGCCUCAUUUCUCAAAAGUGCUUGGUCCCGUUAUUUCUCAUGAAGCCCUCUCAGAAGAACAGAUAGAGGCUCCCAUACAUCAGAGUACCAUGAUAUCAUGUAUCCUGCUUGGACAUUUUGGGAAGGAGGACCUGCUGUUUGGCCAAUAUAUCCUACUGGUCUUGGACGGUGGGACCUCUUCAGAGCAGACCUGGUCAGCAGCACAGUGGCCUUGGAAAAAGAAAAAUUCCACAGCAUAUUUCCGAGGAUCAAGGACAAGUCCAGAACGAGAUCCUCUCAUUCUUCUAUCUCGGAAAAGUCCAAAACUUGUUGAUGCGGAAUACACCAAAAACCAGGCCUGGAAAUCUAUGAAAGAUACCUUGGGAAAGCCAGCUGCUAAGGAUGUCCAUCUUGUGGAUCACUGCAAAUACAAGUAUCUGUUUAAUUUUCGGGGUGUAGCUGCAAGUUUCCGGUUAAAACACCUCUUUCUGUGUGGUUCACUUGUUUUCCAUGUCGGUGACGAGUGGCUGGAAUUCUUCUAUCCACAGCUGAAGCCGUGGGUUCACUAUAUCCCAGUCAAAACAGAUCUCUCCAACGUUCAGGAGCUGUUGCAGUUUGUAAAAGCAAAUGAUGAUGUAGCUCAAGAAAUUGCUGAAAGGGGAAGCCAGUUUAUUCUCAACCACUUGCAGAUGGAUGACAUCACCUGUUACUGGGAGAACCUGUUGACUGAAUACUCUAAAUUCCUGUCCUAUAAUGUAACAAGAAGGAAAGGCUAUGAUCAGAUUAUUCCCAAAAUUUUGAAAACUGAACUCUAGUAGUCAUCAUCGAGCCAUAGUCCUUUCUAUGGCAGCAGAUCUCAGACAUCCUCUGGUGAGAAGCUCACUGUAAGUGUGACACCUAUGCUUUGGAUACUAUUACCAAGGCAAAUAUCUGGUUUUCCCUAUCAUGCUGCACCAAGAGCAACUUUCGAGAAAGAUCCAAAAUGUGUUUAAUGUAGAUAUGAAGCAGCUCAACACUUUGGCUGAAUAAGGACCAGAAAUCAUGAGAUAUGGGUUUUGAACCCGAUUCUGCCUUUCAUUUUCUUAGGACCAAUCACAGCUUGUGCCUCAGAUCAUCCACAUGUGUAUGUCCCUCACUUUGGAACUGACUGUGCCCAUGGGAUGAUGCCCUUUGUCUCAUUGUUUGGAGUACAAAGUCAAUCAUUUGGAACUAGUACAACUCAUCACCGCAGUUCUGCAGUUAUUCUACAUUUGAUUUCUGUCGCUGUAUUUUAAUGUAGAAAGCCCUGUAGGGUUUGUGAAAAAUACUUGGGGAUUAUUUCCUGAAAGGUCUAAGGAAGCAGUAGUGUGCCAUGCCAUGAUGUAGGAGCUCUCUUUUGUAAAAGCCUAAACUCUUUGGUACUCAGGAGAUUUCUAUAAAGCCACGUAGAAGGGGGCCAAUUGCAUGGGCAAUUUUUGCAAUUGGAUUUCAAGUUCCCUUUUUGUACCUUCACACCCUUCUUUACGUUCUCUUUCAAAAAAAGAGAUAAAAACCUCUUAAUAAAUUUAGGAAAUGGUCCUUACUUUUUAGAGGAAUUGUGCAUAAAACAGCAUCUCUUCCUCAUUCUUUACACGCCCUUAAUAUUUUUCCUCCUUGAGUUGGCAGUAGUCCAUGCUUGCAGGGAUCUCAAGGAGUCUUCAUGUGUGAAAUGGUGUUAAGUUGGGAAUUUAGAGCAUUCAACUUUAGCACUUACUUAUAUAGGAGAUGUUCGUUUUAGUGCACAUCCAUGUUGGAGUGCCUCCUUUUCCCUUUUUGAAAAAGACAUUUGGAUAGUAGUUUAAUCUCUCAGGCUGUUCUCCCUAACAUAGUUGAAAAUGAAGAAAAAAUUUUAGAUUAAAACCCAUAUGGGGCUUCCCUGGUGGCGCAGUGGUUGAGAGUCCGCCUGCCGAUGCAGGGGACACGGGUUCGUGCCCCGGUCUGGGAAGAUCCCACAUGCCGCGGAGCGGCUGGGCCCGUGAGCCAUGGCCGCUGAGCCUGCGUGUCCGGAGGCUGUGCUCCGCAACGGGAGAGGCCACAACAGUGAGAGGCCCGCGUAACGCAAAAAAAAAAAAAAAAAACAACCCAUAUAGUCUAUCCCUGGUGACACGAUGGUUAAGAAUCCGCCUGCCAAUGCAGGGGACACGGGUUCAAGCCCUGGUCCAGGAAGAUCCCACAUGCUGCGGAGUAAUUAAGCCCGUGCGCCACAACUGCUGAGCCCGUGUGCCACAGCUACUGAAGCCCACACACCUAGAGCCUGUGCUCCGCAACAAGAGAAGCCACCACAAUGAGAAGCCCACGCACCACAACGAAGAGUAGCCCCCGCUCGCCACAAUAGAGGAAGCCCGUGCGUAGCAAGGAAGACCCAAUGCAACCAAAAAAAAUCAAUAAAAUAAAUAAAUUUAUAAAACAAAAAAAACAAAAAAACCCAUAUAGUCUGAUGACACAGAACCAUCCUUGUCCCUUAGGCCCAAACUUUCCACAGAGAAAUCAACUCUUUUCCUUUGCCUUUUAAGAACUGUUUGGUAUUAACUGGUUUCAAAAUUAGUAAAUGUGAGAUUCAGUUAUAUAAAAUCACGGACUUUAUUCCACUUGUGAAACGUGUUUGGCCUUUUAAACUCCCUUUCACAAAAUUGUCAGCCUACGGACCUUCUUAGAGGACCUUCUGGUAAGAUCAUUGCAUAGAAUAAGGCAGGUGUUUAAAGUUGGAUUUUUUUGAGUAUUAAAAACUCAUGGGGACUGUGUCCUUAGGUGCUAUAAGUCUGGCAAUAAGCAGUCCAGAUAUCUGAGUUGUACUGUGGUUUUGCCUAAUCAAUAGGAGGCCCUGGUAGAUAUUAUCAUUCUAUUUUAAUUUUCUUCUCCCUAAACUAGGAGCAAAAUUUUCUGUCCUUUGGAUUAGGAGCUGAAGGUGCAUUUCCCUGGGAGUGUUUCCUACUUUGCUUCAAGAUCCAGCUCAAGCAUCAUCUUCUUUCAGAAUCCUUUUCAUUCCUCUAGGCAGUUAGAGGCUAUCAUAAUACUUUGCUCAUGCCUAUAUUAUAUGAUAUCACAUUGCACUGUAGUUAUUUGACUGUUUCUUCUACUGUUCUGUGAGC